AUGCAAGCCUGUGAAGCGGAUGCAAGGGCUCGCCAGCCAUCACCGCACCUGGAGCUCUCUCUCAUGCCGCCUCUCACUCGCCGGCUGCUCCCUCCGCCCUUCCUCCCUCCUCCUCCUAUGCCUCCUGCAAUCAACACUUCAGCAGCGCUCGCCUCCUCUACUUCCUUCAACCCAUCCCUGCUUGCCUGCUCUCCGUUCACCGGCGCUCCACUGCUCUCCUCUGCAGCUCCAGUCAACGCCUUGUUGGGCCCAUCCGCACCUGCUCUCAACGCCUCGUUGCUCGCUUGCUCCAUAAAUCUCAGCUCGCUCGCCGCUACCACCACGCCACCAGGUACGUCUGCAGCUGUUGGGGGACUGCCAGCAGCACGCCUCGCUCUCUCUUCCUCCGCCGCUGCCCACUCAUCCGCUGCUCAUGCUGCCCUGCCCGAGCUGACAACAGCAGCAGCAGCCGCAGCGAUAGGGGCAGAAGAAGCAGCAGCGAUAGACGAUUGCACAGCAGCAGGAGGCGUGAGGUCACUGUUGCCUGCACUGGUAUCUGCCAGCACGCUUGCACACUCUACUGCACCAACCGUUGCACCACCAACCACUGCAGCACCAGCAGGACCCAUGGCGCUCGGGUUCGCUCCUCCCAUGGGCCUUGCCCUGAGUGCGACUCUCGUGCGCCCACAGCCCGUGCUUAUGACAGCACAUGACAAGGGCUCCAGUCAAGACAGGACUUUGCCGCGUGUCACCGCCCCACCCCUGCCGUGUACUCCCAAUGGCCCUGGUCUUCCGUGGCUUCUCGGCUCGAUACCAGGGCCCAGGGGUCCUAGCACUUCCAUGCUCCGCCCCACGUUUCUUGCCCCACUCCCUGCCAAAGCUGCUGCUGCUGCUGCUGCUGCUGCGUGUGCUCCUGCAGCCGCUAUUGCCCCUGCCACUGGCACUGCUGCUGGCACUUUAGAGGACGCUGCUGCUGCUGAUGGCGCUCGAGUGGAUUUCUUCAAGCAGGGGUUCUUCAGCGCACUCCUCGCCUCGCCAGAUGCUCCUCUGCAGAGCUCUGCAGUCCACAGGAACGACGCGGGCUGCGGGGGGGAGGUGAGAGGCGUGGCAGGUAGAGAGUCCGCCAAAGCACCUGCCACUGCGCGAGGCAAGGACGGCUCCCCUGCAGGCGCAUCUGGGGGAGGUGGUGCGCCAGGCAGCGGGGGAAGCAGAACUGGAGGCGGAAGGGGGGCGAGUCUAGGGGGAACGGGGCGAGGCGAGGUGACUCAGCAGCUGCAGGCGCUGCAGGCACAGGACAUGUGCGGCAAUGGCUGUGGCAGCAGCAGCCGUGCUACCGACUACACUGCGCACAACCACCCUGUGGCACCGGUGCACGCAGGCACCCUUGCCAGUGCUGGCAGCAGCAUGACCGGCGGACAGCUGGCGUCGUCCAAUUGGUGGGGUAGCACCGGCACCGGCACAGGCAUGGGCACAGGCAUGGGCAUGGGCGAAGGCAUGGGAACAGGCAUGGGCACAGGCAUGGGCACAGGCAUGGGCACAGGCAUGGGUACAGGCAUGGGUACAGGCAUGGGUACAGGCAUGGGCACAGGCAUGGGCACAGGCAUGGGCACAGUCAUGGGCACAGGCAUGGGCACAGGCAUGGGCACGUGCAUGGGGUCUGCUUGGGACAGCAGCUCGAUCAGCGCAGGACCCCUGCCCCCAACCCCCACAGCAGCAGUGGCUUCAGUUCAAGCCAUGCCCAUCCUUCCUCACAACCCCUUCUCCUUAUUCUCUGCAAUCUCCCCUCCCCAGCCGUCCCUUGCUGGGCCGGGGGUCCUACACCCUGGCACACAGCCUGGGCACCUUGCUGACAUGGCGGCGGGUGCAUCCUUUCUGGCAGCAGGUGCGGGAGGGGAUGGUGGGGUGGCGGGUUACCCCUGGCAGGGGCAGGGGGGGGGAUUGCAUUUCUCUGCAGCUUCAAUGGCUGCGGCAGCGGCUGCUGCUGCAACAGCUGCAUCAGGUGCUAUGGGUGAACCUGGUUCGGCUGGUGCGGCUGACGUUUCCGGCGCGGGGAGGGCGCCGCAGAAUGCGGGUGAUCCGUAUGGGAAGAGAGUGCUCGGGCGAGCCGUGGUGCAGUGGAUGGCGCGCGGGAUUGCGCGGAUGGCGCAGUACGUGGCGGAGCGGGAGGCGCGCGGAGAGGAGGGCUUGGAGGGGGUGACGGUAGGCGGAAGCAUGGCGGUAGUGGCUCUGGCGCAGGAUUACCUGCAGAGGGAACCAAUGCCAGAUGGCGAGCAGCAGCGGUGCCACGUGGCAAUGUAUCAUUACCCCGCGGUCCUGGACCACCUUCAGCGGGAGCUUCAGGCGGAGCUCAAGAGACGACAUGCACAGCAGGAGGAGCAGGACAAGCCUUCUGCCGCUGGUGUUGGUGCUGCUAACUCUAUUGCUUCUACUGCUGCUGCGGCUGCUGUGAAAGCAUGGAAUGAGAGUGCUUCGUGGAACCUUCUGAAACAGCUUAUGCGAUCUGGCGAGCACAGGGCUACCAUCCGCCAGCCAAUCAGCUCUCUCGCCACUUCCGCCACUGCCUCCCAGACGCGUCAGACAAACCUCGCCGCCCUCCUCUCCCCCUCCGCACUGCAAGCCGCCCAGCAGCGAAUCAACGCCUACGUGGCAACGGCCACGGAGCUCCUCCAAUUGGAGCGAGACGCUGAGCUGGACGCGGUCGCUGCUGAGGUCAGCAACACGCAGCCAACCCCCCCCUCCGAUCGCCCAGACCCGGAAGCCAUGAGCGCGAGUGCAAGAGAGAGGAGGAGGCGGAAGGAGCGAGGAGAGGUAGAGCGAGGGCUAGCGAGAGAGGGAGGUACCCUGACGGACUUAGUCGCUGUGGGAACGUCUACUGGGCUCUCCGGCGUGCAUCUCAUCACCCUCGCUUCCCCCAGCGCGGGUCUUCUGUCUGCCUCCACUCUCUCCCCUGGCGACGCCAUAUGUCUCUCCCCUGAUUGGUCCAAAUGCAGCCGCAUCGGCAGUGGGAGCAAGGCUGAAGCACGUGCUGCUGCAGGAGCAAUGGUGGCCGCUGUGUGCUACAGAGGGUAUGUGCACGAGAUGGGGGAGGAUGGUCAGAGCCUCGUUGUUGCACUGGACGGGAAGCUUGGUGUGGGCAGCAGCAGCGGCACACGCAGUGGAGGGAGCACAAGUGGGUCGGAGAGUGAAGGGGAGGGCGGGAACAGUGGCAGCGGCAGUGGGCGAGGGGCGUCGUCGCCGCUGUAUCUGCAGGAGCUGUUUGGCGUGGCGCUCAGAGUGCAGCGCAUGUCGGGACUCGUGGACUUCACAACGUUCGAGCGCAAUCGCGAGGCACUGGAGCGACUCAAAACGACCGCACUCAAGCCCAAGAGCCCUGCUCGCGCCGUGGCCUCCGCCCUCUUCGCUCCCCCCCGUGCUGCUGCCCCUGCAUCAGCCACACCACCAGCAUCAGCUGGAGCGUCUGGGAUUUCAGCAGACAGCACGCCACCAGCACUAUCACCCGCCUCCCUGUCCUCCUCCCCGCCCUCCUCACCGUCCCCCUCCCCGUCCGCCUCUUCCUCCCAUCUUUCGCCCUCCUCCCUCUCCUUCGACCCCAGUCAGCUAGCGGCCAUUCAACUCGCUCUGGACCCUGCCCGCCCCGUGGUGGCCAUCCAGGGCCCCCCAGGCACCGGCAAGACGUCCGUUGUCACUGAAAUCAUCAGCAGGGCAGUCAGAGAGGGGCGCCAAAGGGAGAGCACAGAGGAAGCGGAGAAGGAAGAUAAUGACAAGGAGGAGGAUGACAGGGAGGAGGAGGGGGAGCUGGAAGGUGCUAGGGGAGUGGACACUGUGAAGGAAGCACGGGAGGGUGCGAGGGCAAGGAAGCAGCAGCGAACAAGGAAGCAUCGGGUGCUGGUGUCAGCUCCCACCAACGCCGCACUGGACGUGCUCGUGGAGCGACUGGCCUCUCAAGGCCUGGCAGUUGCACGAGUGGGCAACCCCAUGCGCCUCUCCCCUGCCGUCACCCCCUAUUCCCUGGACCACCUCGUGGCAGCCCGCCUGCGCUCCUUCCACCGCGACGUCGCCCGGCGCCGCCGCGACCUGCGCUCCGACCUCCGCGCCGUCGGCUCCGACUCGGCCCUGCGCUCCGCGCUGCAGAAGAUGCUGCGGCGCCUGGCACGCGUGGAGAAGCAGCGGGAGAAGGAGGAGGUUGCGCAGGUGCUGGGGGAAGCAGAGGUGAUUCUGUGCACCACCACGGGGGCCGGGGAGAGGGUCGUGCAGGAGAUGGCGAGGCAGGAGGGCGGGUUCGACCUGGUGGUCCUGGAUGAGGCAGGACAAGCCACCGAGCCGUCCAGCUGGAUUCCUUCACUGCUGGGGAGACGAGCUGUGGUGGCAGGGGAUCCGUGGCAGUUGGCUCCUACAGUUCAGUCUGUGGACGCGCAGCAGCGUGGGCUGGGCGUUUCGCUCAUGGAGAGGAUUCAGGCGGAGGGGCUGCUGGGGAGUGGAGGGGGAGAGGGGGUGGUGGAGAGCGGUGGAGAAAGGUGGGGAGGUAGUGUUGCGAUGCUGCGAGUGCAGUACCGCAUGCAUAAAGCCAUCUCGGAUUGGAGCUCUGAGGAGAUGUACCACGGCCAGCUCAUGGCCUCGCCUGCUGUCGCCACCCGCACCCUGGCUGACAUCACACUGUCUCCUCCUGCUGCUGGCUUCAUCUCUUCAGCAUCCUCCUCCUCCUCCUCCUCCUCCUCCUCCUCCUCCUCCUCCUCCUCCUCCUCCUCCUCCUCCUCCUCCUCCUCCUCCUCCUCCUCCUCCUCCCCCUCCUCCCACUCCCUUCCACCUCUCCUGGCCCAUCCCAUGCUUCUGAUAGACACGCGCUCCCCUCGCGGUCUGCUGCAUGCGCAUUGUGAGGAGGCCCCUGAUGCAACAGGCACGGGGUCGCUGGUCAACGAGGGUGAGGCCGAUCUGGUCGUGGAUCACGUCGCUCGUCUGCUUGCGGCCGGCGUGCCGCCCGGGUCCAUCGCGGUGCAGUCGCCGUACCUCGCCCAGGUGCAGCUCAUCCGCCAGUGCCUGGAGGAGCGCCUGGGCGGCGUCGUUUGGCCGUAUGCUGCGGCGAGGGAGGCUGGGGAGGGAGAGGAGGGAGGGGAAGGAGGGGGUGGGGGGGAGUGGGAUGUGGGGGCGGUGGAGGUGGCGAGUGUGGACAGCUUUCAGGGGAGGGAGGCGGAUGCUGUCAUUAUCUCCAUGGUUCGGUCCAAUCCAUAUGGUUCAGUUGGUUUCCUCGGGGACCGUCGCAGAAUGAAUGUAGCGGUGACACGUGGCAGGCGCCACGUGGCAGUCGUUGCUGACUCAGCAACUGUGGGCCACAACUCUUUCCUCCGCCGCCUGCUCCUCCACAUCCGCUCAGUGGGUAGAGUGCGAUACCGUCGCAACGACACAAUGCCGACGAGGCUCGACCUCCCAGCGCUGCACGGCCGCAGCAGCAGCAGCAUUGACGAGCCUCCACAACGUCCGUGGGUCGAAGUUUUGGCGGGAAGGAAGAUUCGUCGCGUUAUGGACGACCCCGUUAAACUCGACGCGUUCCUGUCCAGCGAGUUCGACCGGCUUGACGUGCACGCACGUGGCAGGCUCUCAUUGGUCGAGAUCAAGCCGGCGCUGCUGCGCUUGGCGGAGAUUCAGGGGCUCAUUCUCCGCCCCUUCUGGGACAGCCGCAUGGGGGGGCGCGGAGGCGGAAGCGGCGGAGGGGGCGCAGGCGCGGGGGAGAGGCGGAGAGGCGGAAGCCGAGGGGGAAGCGGAGGAAGCGGAAGCUGGGGUAGCAGCGGCGAUUGCGGGGGAGGAAGAAGCGGGGCGGGAGGGGGAGGGAGGGAGGUCUUACCUGGCAAGGGGAAGAACGAUGAUGAUCUGGUCAAGGGCCUUUUUGUCUCUUUCAUGUCUGCUGACCUCAGCAGCGAGAUUGGGCGGCACAAGUUUGUCAGUGUCUGCAGAGAUGUGAUUCUCGCAUCGCAGGAUGCAGUCGAAGAGGACCCGCUACCCCGGCUACUGGAGGGCAGCACCGCGCUGAUGGAACUCUUUAACGACGCGGACGAGGUGGACGAGUUCAUAGACGCGCUGUGGACGCGCAUGGACCUGGACGGGGACGGCACCGUGACCAUGCACGAGAUUCGCCCCAUGCUGCCCGCGCUCGGGCUCUUCCCCCAGCCGCUGCCCAUCUCCACCGAGCAGGAGGAUGAGAUCCUGACAGAGCUGCUGCAGACAUACGCGGGAUGGGGAGGGGCGGAGGGGGAGAAUGGGGGAGAGGAAGGCGGAGGGCAGGAAGGAGAGAGAGAGUCAGCAGGGGAGUGUUUAGAAGCGGCAGGAUGGGAUGGCAGUGGGAGCAACACAGGUGAUGGUACGGGGCAAGGGAGCAGCAGGGGCGGCACCAACAGCAGCGGAGGCUUAGAGGGCAGCAGCAGCUGCAGCAACGGUGGUGAUGGUGGCGGUGGUGGAGGAGGAGGAGGAGGAGGAGGAGGAGGAGGAGGAGGAGGAGGAGGAGGAGGAGGAGGAGGAGGAGGAGGAGGAGGAGGAGGAGGAGGAGGAGGAGGAGGAGGAGGAGGAGCAGUGGAUUUCAGCCUGGGCCUAUCAAAGGUGCAGUGCAUGUGGCUGGUGGCGGAUAUUCUCUUCACCGUGGCACAGGGGCUCGAGGACGACCCACUGUAUCUGCCCGCCAACAUGACCAUUCUCAACCGCCCCUUCCUCCUCAAGGUGCGCCCCUUCCUGCUCAAGACGAGUCCUUCGUCCACCACCUCUCUGCCCGCAUGUUCCUCUCCUGGGACUCCACCGACUGCUUUCCAUCUCUCUCACCCAUUCUUCUCCCUCACCACAUCCUUUGUCCUCACCUUUUCCAAGCAGCUUCUCUCAGACGAGUCCUUCGUCCACCACCUCUCUGCCCGCAACCCCCCCACCUCACCUCUCCUGGGACUGCACCGACUGCUUUCCAUCUCGCCCAUUCUUCUUCCUCUUUCCACCCUUCUAUCGCAUCCAUCCUUCUCCCCCCGCAACCCCUCCACUUCACCAGAUUCUCUCAGACGAGGCCUUCUUCCACCGUCUUACCGAUCGCAUGUUCCUCACCUCACCACAGCAUGCUCUCUUAGGCCAAGUGCUCAGCUCAACCAUGUUCCCCUCGCCCCAAUGCCCCCACUCUUCUCCCCCAUCCAGAUUCUCUCAGACGAGGCCUUCUUCCACCGUCUCACAGACCGCAUGUUCCUCACAUGGGACGAAACCGAUCGCGGAAUGCUCUCCCGCUCCGAGGUCGUCGCCGGCUUCUACUCCCUGGGGGUCGCAUACGGCCUCCCCGCAGUUACCACGCGGGAGGAAGCCGAUAGCAUCUACCUCUCGCUCUUCCUCACAGCCGACUGUGACACGAGUGGGUUUGUGGACCGGGAGGAGUUUCAGUCGCUUAUGCACUCCAUCUUUCUGGGGGCGGCACUUCAGCUGCAGGCCACGCGGUUACCGCCACCAUUGCCGUCGCCACUGGCACCGUUACAGGCUGAUCCUGCCGGGACCUCCUCGUUCUCUUCCUUGUCUUUUUUCCGCCCGUUCUCCUUGUCCCUCCCCUCUAUCCCAUUCUCCGCCGCCCUUCCCUGGGGAAGCUGUGCUGACAGCAGCAGCAGCACAGCUUUUCACAGCAGUGGGAGCAGCAGUGGCAGGGGAACCGGUGCCGACCCUGCUGCUGCUGCUACAGUGGCCGAUCUGCCGACCCUGACCGGCUUCAAGCUCUUUGACGGGCGGCGCGUGCGCAAGAUGGUGCGCGCGGACGGCGGGGCUUGUCUGGACGUGUGGCUGAACAGUGCCUUUGAGGAAUUUGUUUCAAGCACAUCGGAUAGUGGAGAUAGGGUGGGCGGGGGAGGGAAGCAGGUGAGGGUUUCGGGUUCGAGGAGUGGAGAGGCGGAGGGGAUUGAUAUGGAGGGUCUCACGUUGUACAGUCCUGGUGGGGGGAGAGAAAAAAGGGAGAGUGGGGAAGGUGGGAGAGGGGAAGGAGAGAGGGAGGAAGGGUUGUCUGAGGGGCUUCGCAAUGGGGGUUGCAAGAAAGUCUCAUGGGGCGAUGCUCGUGCUCUAGGAAAUAGCUUGGAAGCGUAUGCAGAUAAGGACGAUGUUAGCCGCCCGACAGACAGGCCCGUGGUGACGUGGGCGGCUUCGGAGCGGAAGCUAGUGCAGCAGCUGCACACGCUGGGGAUGCCGGGGGAGGGCGUAUCUGAGGACUGGGAGCACAUUGUGCGUGAUAUGGUCGCGAGAGAGAGACGGGGGUUUGUAAGGGAGGAGAAGGAAGGGAGAGAUGAAAAGGCGGAAGGAGAGGAGAAGACCGUGGGUGGUGAGGAGCAGGAGGAGGAGGCGGAUGGGGAGGAGGAGAGGGAGAGCGAGGAGGUAUGGCUGGAUAAGGAGGAGUUUGUUGCGGUGAUGACGAGACUGUUGAAGCAAGUGGGGCAGACGCUGCAAGACACCCCUCUGCUGCUGCGCUCACUGGAUGGCACUCUCAUAAGGGCGUUCCUGCAGCAUCCUGCCCGCCUCACCACUGCCAUCCGCAGCACCUUCCAGGCACUAGACAACAAGGGUUGGGGCGGCAUGCCUGCCGCCCGCCUCGUUCCUGCGCUGCGUGUGAUUGGCCUGUCUGCAGGGCUGCCGUGCCGAGGAGUAUACGUGCUCGCCACCUGUCAGCAAUGCCACGUCAGCAAUCCUAACUCAACGGAUUUGGUGAUGGCGAGGACGGAGGGGGGGAGUCAUCCUGUGACGAUCCGAAUCUCUGCAUCCAACGGCCGCAGCGUGCUCGCGACGGUGGUGGAUGAGUGUGACUCGCAGGCGGGGUGCGACCUCAUGCACGCGGGGCAGCCUCCCUGCAUCACCAAUGAUGUGGAUGCUUCGGCUGCUGUGUGGCAAGCACUUGGGAUUAGCCAAUCGGAUAGCAGAUACGGAUACAUGAGGGUCACGUGGCAGGACGUGUGA